AUGUGGGUGUUCGGUUAUGGGUCUUUAAUAUGGAAAGUAGAUUUUAAGUAUGAAUGUAAGCUCGUAGGCUAUAUCAAAGGUUAUCAUAGAAGAUUCUAUCAACACAGUAUUGAUCACCGUGGAAUACCGGCGAAGCCAGGUCGUGUAGUGACACUCAUCCAAAGUAGUGAUGCUGACAGCAGAGUAUGGGGUGUAGCAUACAAAAUAAAGACAGAAGACAUCAACGAAGUUACUAAGCAUCUAGACUUCAGGGAAAAGAAUGGGUAUUCAAAGAAAACUGUUACAUUCCACCCGCAAGAUGUAAAUCACAAGCCUUUUGAAUUGACUCUGUAUGUUGCUACUGAGGAGAAUGAAUCUUUUGCUGGUCCAGCAUCCAUAGAAGAUAUAGCAAAGCAAGUCGUAUCAUGUACUGGUCCCAGUGGUUCAAAUACGGAAUAUGUCUACAAUCUCGCAGCUGCUAUGAGGUCAAUAGCUCCCGGAGUCACAGACGACCAUCUUUUUGCUCUAGAAGAGGCAAUUCGUAGUAUCGACCCUGAAUUGUAG